CCCGGCGUGGCUAAAGCUUUCGGGGUUUGGCUGCGGCCGCGGUGAGUUGGUGGGGGGCCGGGCGUGAUAAAGUGAGUUACCCCCCCCACCCACCCUAGUGGGAUUCCCCACCACCAUGGCCUGUUCCAUCGUCCAGUUCUGCUACUUCCAGGACCUCCAGGCCGCCCGGGACUUCCUCUUCCCUCAGCUGCGGGAGGAGACCCCCAGCGGCGUCCUGCGGAGGGACCCCAGUAAAUCAACAAACUGGGAAGAUGAUGGCUGGGGAGCAUGGGAAGAAACAGACCCACAAGAACCGGAAGAAGAAGGAAAUACGUGCAGAACACAAAGAACUUCCUGGCUUCAAGACUGUGUUUUAUCCUUAUCUCCAACCAAUGAUCUUAUGGUUAUAGCUCGGGAACAAAAAGCUGUGUUUUUAGUGCCAAAAUGGAAAUGCAGUGAUAAAGGAAAGGAAGAAAUGCAAUUUGCUGUUGGUUGGAGUGGUUCUCUGAAUGUUGAAGAAGGGGAACGUGUAACUAGUGCCCUCUGUAUCCCACUAGCAAGUCAAAAGAGGAGUUCCACUGGACGCCCUGACUGGACUUGCAUUGUAGUGGGUUUUACUUCAGGCUAUGUACGCUUCUACACUGAGAAUGGUGUGCUUUUGCUUGCACAACUUUUGAAUGAAGACCCAGUGCUUCAGCUUAAAUGCAGGACCUAUGAAAUCCCUCGACAUCCUGGCGUGACUGAACAGAAUGAAGAAUUGAGUAUCUUGUAUCCAGCUGCCAUUGUGACUAUUGAUGGAUUUAGCCUUUUUCAGUCUCUUCGUGCUUGUCGAAACCAGGUAGCAAAAGCUGCAGCAUCAGGGAAUGAGAAUAUACAACCACCACCCUUGGCUUAUAAGAAAUGGGGUCUACAAGAUAUUGAUACUAUUAUUGAUCAUGCUAGUAUUGGUAUUAUGACAUUGUCCCCUUUUGAUCAAAUGAAGACUGCCUCCAAUAUAGGCGGAUUUAAUGCAGCGAUUAAAAACAGCCCACCUGCUAUGUCCCAAUAUAUCACUGUAGGGUCCAAUCCAUUUACUGGCUUCUUCUAUGCUCUUGAGGGAAGCACGCAGCCAUUACUAUCUCAUGUUGCUCUAGCAGUUGCAAGUAAACUCACUUCUGCUUUAUUUAAUGCUGCCAGUGGUUGGCUAGGUUGGAAAAAUAAGCAUGAAGAAGAAGCUGUCCAGAAGCAAAAGCCCAAGAUGGAACCAGCUACCCCAUUAGCUGUAAGAUUCGGUCUUCCAGAUUCUCGACGCCAUGGUGAAAGCAUCUGUCUGUCUCCCUGUAACACACUGGCAGCAGUAACAGAUGAUUUUGGCAGGGUGAUUUUAUUGGAUGUCACUAGAGGAAUUGCAAUACGUAUGUGGAAAGGGUACCGAGAUGCACAAAUUGGAUGGAUUCAAAUUGUAGAGGACCUCCAUGAAAGAGUACCAGAGAAGGCGGAUUUUUCCCCCUUUGGAAAUACUCAGGGUCCCAGUCGAGUAGCUCAGUUCCUUGUGAUUUAUGCACCAAGAAGGGGAAUUUUAGAAGUCUGGAGUACACAGCAGGGACCUAGAGUAGGAGCUUUCAACGUGGGUAAGCACUGCAGGUUACUGUAUCCUGGCUAUAAAAUAAUGGGUUUAAACAAUGUUACCAGUCAGAGUUGGCAGCCACAGACCUACCAGAUCUGCCUUGUUGACCCUGUCUCUGCAAGUGUGAAAACAGUGAAUGUUCCUUUCCAUUUGGCUCUGAGUGAUAAAAAGAGCGAACGAGCCAAGGACAUGCACUUAGUGAAGAAACUAGCAGCUUUACUGAAAGUGAAAUCUCCCGAUCCAGAUAUGGUAGAAACAGAAAUAAAGGAAUUAAUUCUUGAUAUUAAGUACCCUGCAACCAAAAAACAAGCUUUGGAAAGCAUUUUGGCAAGUGAACGUUUACCUUUCUCCUGUCUUAAAAACAUCACUGAGACUUUAAUGGACACUCUAAAAAAUCAAGAACUUGAGUCUGUGGAUGAAGGAUUGUUCCAGUUUUGUGCCAAUAAACUGAAAUUACUACAUCUUUAUGAGUCUGUCAGUCAAUUAAAUUCUCUUGAUUUUCAUUCAGAUACACCAUUCUCUGAUAAUGACUUGGCUGUGUUGCUAAGGCUUGAUGAAAGAGAACUACAUAAGCUCCAGACACUGUUAGAUAAAUACAAGCAAGAGAACACCAGAACUUCUGUCCGAUUUUCUGAUGACAAGGAUGGUGUGUUGCCUGUAAAGACAUUCCUUGAGUAUUUAGAAUAUGAGAAGGAUGUGCUCAAUAUAAAGAAGAUCAGUGAGGAGGAAUAUGUGGCUUUAGGUAGUUUCUUCUUUUGGAAGUGUUUGCAUGGAGAAAGCUCCACAGAGGAUAUGUGUCACACCUUAGAGUCUGCUGGCCUUAGCCCUCAGCAGUUGUUGUCCUUGCUCCUGAGUGUGUGGCUUUCCAAGGAAAAAGAUAUUUUGGAUAAACCCCGGUCUGUCUGCUGUCUUCAUACAAUGCUGUCCCUCCUGAGCAAGAUGAAAGUGGCCAUUGAUGACACCUGGGAUUCCCAGUCUGUGUCCCCUUGGUGGCAGCAGAUGCGCGUGACCUGUGUUCAGUCUGAGAACAAUGGAGCUGCUCUGCUGUCUGCUCAUGUUGGGCAUUCUGUGGCUGCGCAGAUAUCAAACAACAUAAUAGAGAAAAAAUUUUCCCAAACAGCUUUGGGUGCUGAUGCUGAGGCCCUCACUGAUUCCUGGGAGGCUCUUUCUCUUGAUACUGAAUACUGGAAACUUCUGCUGAAACAGCUGGAGGACUGUCUGCUACUUCAGACUCUGCUUCAUACCAAGGGCAGCACUCGAACCUCCAAAGUGUCAUCGCUGCAAGCAGAGCCACUUCCCAGGCUCUCGGUUAAAAAACUGCUAGAAGGAGGAAAAGGUGGCAUUGCAGACAGUGUGGCCAAGUGGGUAUUUAAACAGGACCUCAGCCCCGAACUGUUAAAACUGGCUAAUAAAGAAGAAGAUGUUGAAAAUCCAGAUGAACAUGAAGAAGGACUUAACAAACGUCUCCUAGAUAUGUCGGAGGAGGGGACAGACUUAGGAGCCAUACCAGACUUGCUGCAUUUAGCCUAUGAGCAGUUUCCUUGUAGCCUAGAGCUCGAUGUGCUGCAUGCACACUGCUGCUGGGAGUAUGUUGUUCAGUGGAAUAAAGAUCCAGAGGAAGCACGUUAUUUUGUCAGGUCAAUAGAACACUUGAAGCACAUUCUUAAUGCACAUGUUCAGAAUGGCAUUGCGCUGAUGAUGUGGAAUACGUUCUUGGUUAAAAGGUUUUCUGCUGCUACAUACUUGAUGGAUAAGGUUGGAAAAUCACCAAAGGAUAGGUUAUGCCGAAGGGAUGUGGGGAUGAGUGACACAGCAAUGACAUCUUUCCUGGGCUCCUGUUUAGACCUUCUUCAGACAUUACUAGAGGCAGACGUUAGCAGGGAUGAAAUGCAAGUGCCUGUCCUGGACACUGAGGAUGCUUGGCUCUCUGUGGAAGGCCCAAUCUCCAUAGUGGAACUGGCCCUCGAGCAGAAGCACAUCCACUACCCACUGGUGGAGCACCAUUCCAUCCUCUGCUCCAUCCUCUACGCAGUCAUGCGCUUCUCUCUGAAGACUGUGAAGCCACUUGCACUUUUCGAUAGUAAGGGAAAAAAUGCGUUUUUCAAAGACCUAACUUCAAUUCAGUUAUUACCAAGUGGGGAAAUGGAUCCAAAUUUUAUUUCUAUACGACAACAGUUCUUGUUGAAAGUUGUUAGUGCAGCUGUUCAGGCCCAGCAUUCAGUGGCCAAGGACCAGGACUGUUCAGAAGAGGCAGCAACUACUCCUGGGAAAGACCCAGACUGGCCAGGGUUGGCCAUGGACUUAUCCCAUCACCUUCAAGUUAACGAAGAUGUAGUUCGAAGGCAUUAUGUGGGGGAGCUCUACAACCACGGAGUUGACCACUUAGCAGAAGAGGCCAUUCUGCAGGUCCAUGACAAAGAGGUGCUGGCCUCUCAGCUGCUGGUGCUGACAGGGCAGAGGCUGGCUUAUGCACUCCUCCACACCCAGACCAAAGAAGGGAUGGAGCUGCUGGCUCGACUGCCACCCACACUCUGCACUUGGCUGAAGGCAAUGAACCCUCAGGAUCUUCAAAACACUGAAGUGCCCAUUACAACAACCGCUAAACUAGUAAAUAAAGUAAUGGAGCUGUUGCCAGAAAACCACGGGCAGUAUAGUCUAGCCUUGCACCUUAUUGAAGCUGUGGAAGCCAUAUGUAUUCCUUCUUUAUGACACUUACCUAUUGAAAAUAGUCUAAACUUGUGUGACUAAAACGUGAAUUAGUGCAUGGCCAUUUUACAUAGUAAGAGCUGGAAUUUUAUGGAAUAUAUCAUUUUCUGUUUUUGUAAAAUAAAAAUAUAUAUUACUUUCAAAAAGUGCAAUCUUGGGUAAAAUCCACUCCUUUGGUUAAUACUGGAGAUAAAAUAUGAACAAAUAUUAAUUAUACUAUACUUAACAAUACAGAUGUUUACUGUUUGUUUUUAAUUCAAACCCUUCAGUAGUUUUGUUGUUAAACUUUGCUAUUUAAAUUGGUUAUAAUUUAUCGAUUAUGUUCUUAUAGAAGCCUACAUUUCAUCCUCUUGUUGUGACAAGAUUUAAAUGUGUUCAUGUCCAGUCACAAUAUGCAGAGUCAGAGGAACAUCCUGCUUUCCUUUAAAAGUGCUGAGCAAGUUUGCUAACAGGCUGCUUCUGGCACAGCUCUCUUCCUGGGUGUGCUGGGUGUUGCCAGGCAUCUUUCCAAGGUGCUGCCAUCUGAGGAGGAGAGGAAGGAGUUUGAGGCCUUCAGAAGGGACACGGGUAGCACCCGUAACUUGUAGUCCUUGCCAAAACAGAGGAUCUGGGAUGCAAAUGCAGCAAAAUCACUAUGAUGUAUUUGCCCAAGUUGUAUCCACAUCAGGAAAUUGUAAAAAAAAAAAAAUGUAUUAUCUUGUAAAACUUAUGUAGAAAGGGGAGGGGAUUCUAAAAUACUUCAGUCCACCUUUAUUUUUCCUACAAGUGUUUAGAAAUGUCUGCUUCUAGGGUUGGUAGUGUAAUCUGUCCUUGAGAAUGUUCAGGAAAAGUGCUUAUUGAUACUCUAGCUUUAGCAAACCUACCUCACAGCCGGGUUGAAAGGAUACAGUACAACUAAUUUUGUACCCUACAGUGCCUAGAGCAGUCCAAGUGCUAAAUAAAUAUUUUUUGAUCCAAACCAAACUAACCAAAAGUCUGUAAGAAGUGUGUUGAACUCCACAAAUACAAGUAUGUAUUGUGGUGCGUGUUUGGAAUGAAGACACACUGUGCAGCUACGGUAUGGGUCACAGCUUUUCAUAGUCACGCAUAUGAUACAGAACUUGGUUUCUUCGCUUCUUGUAAAGCCAUUUCUAGCAUUGAGCACAGUUGAGGAGGACUUCCUUCAAGGAUAUAAUAUCCAAACGUGAAUUUUUUUUACUAAAAGAUCACAUUCAAGCAAGACCCGACUUAACUGUUUAUGUAGCUAUCAACUUUCAAGUCUAGAAAGAAAAAUAUCUCAGGUGUUGAGUGGCUGUGGUAGACAUGUUGAGUCUGAGGUGCGGGUGGCAUAGAGAAGCAGCACGGGGAAAAGCCUGAGCUGGUCCAUCCUCCUGCCUCACUGAUCUCCCCUCCCCCUGCCAGACACAGCCUAGAAUCCUGUAAGCGCAUUGAGCUUCAUGUAGUCGCUUGUUACAUGUGUUCUAAGGAAUUAGUUUUUCCUGUGAUUCUCAAAAUACUCUCAAAGUAGUAUGAAUUUAGGAGGGUGGUCAAAGAAACUUGGGGUUAUAGAUACUACUAAUUCCAUUUAUACUUUUUUUGGGGGGAGGGUGAACUUGCAUUUUAGAUAGUAAUAAAAACUUACUCUGGAAGGUUCCAUAAUCAAAUCUAGGGAUACUGAAGAAAAAGCUGAAAUAUGGUUCAGAGAACUCUUUCAACAAAUCAUUGAGUCUAUUAGAUUUGUCAUCAUAAAACUUAACGUAUACAAAACCUGAAUUCUGGGUUUAAUGGUUAGGAAAAGCAGUUAAAUAUUUUACUGCUUCACUAAGGGCUUUUAAAAUAAAUCUGAUAACAAGAAAGAAAAAUGAAGCAGGUCAUGGUGGCACAUGCCUAUAAUUCCACCUACUGGGGAGGCAGACCCAGAAGGAUCUCAAGUUUCAGGCCAGCCCAAAAAAUUUAGAAGGCCCUGGAUUCAAUCCUCAGGACCACAAAAAAAAAAAUAAUUUAAUAUCUAUGUAUACAUUCUAUUACACAAAGAGCUACAAAUAGCAGAAUUAGGUUUUACAUAGAAUAGGCAUAUACAGGUAGCCCAGGUUCAGAGAAGCCAAUAACCACGAGUGUUUCCUACAGACACUCCCUUCCUUAAAGUUACAUACUUUUUACACUGCUAACGUCUACUUUAUAAUGCUAAAGGAAAAAAGAGGUGUUCAAAUAAUUAUAACUACAAAUUACACCUAGACAUAGAGAAGUAGGUAAAGGAGAUGUAGAUAAAUGUACAUAAGGAAGUAUAUAGCACCAGGCUCCUAAAUGCUUCAGAUUUAGAAAAAGGGGGGAAAAAAAUCUGUGUUUUAUAACAUUUCAUCUAAGAUCAAAGUCAAUCCUUUUAAAUUGCCUUUUUAAAAACUGAUGAAUUGUAAUUUAAAAUCACAAGAAAAGUUAAGAUUUAAUAAUAAAAAGCUUACGCCGAUUAUGUUCAUUUGGCAGUUGCUGUGGUCCUCCUCAUUUAUAAGAGACAAAUACUUUCACAGUGCCCCAGAGCAGAGGUACAGGCCUCUCCUGGUAACAGGAAUGGGGCGGAGGGUUUCUGAGCUCCUAACAGAUAAAUGUCUGCUGAGUCAAUUAGCCAUUCUCAGAAAGAUUUUAAUCCUAUACUGGAUUGUUUAUAAAAUGUUCUUUUAUCUGUUGUACUGUAAGCAGAGUGAAAUUCUGUAUAUAUUGCUAUUUUCUGUGUUCAUUGUUGUGAACUUCUUGUAUAUUAGUGAAAUAAAUUUUCAGCUUUCUUGUUUAACACUCACAGACGUAAGUAUUAAGAAAUUUCUCCUCUUAAAGAAUAAAUGUGGUGAUUUUUCCCCUAA